GUAGAGACAGGCUCAAAUGUGCGGUCGCUGUGCCCGUGCCGUGUUUUCUUGUGAGGAAUGGAAAAUGGCUUUACAAUUAAUGUUUUACCGUGUCUGUGCAGUAAACAGCACGCGUUUUAUGAAGUCACCUUUCUCAGCUUUCAGUAUGACGAGAAGUGGUAGUGACUUGGCAGUGGAACAUGACCGGAAUAACCUGUGUUUUACCAUUACCUUGGACGGCGCGGCGGAGCACCUGGACAGCGCGGUGCUGCGGUAUAAAUUCACCGGAGAGAAAGAGGUGGAUCUCGUGUCAACCACAGUACCCGAGUCGUUCAGAGGCAAAGGAGUGGCUGCGACGCUGUCUAAGGCUGCUUUAGACUUCCUGGUGAAGGAGAAGCUCAAGGCGCACGUGUCCUGUUGGUACAUCAAGAAAUACAUCGAAGAGAACCCACACCUUGGUUACAAGACGCACAUCACUGGUUACAGUUGAGACAGGGCGGUGUAUGAGAGUGAUGAUGGAAAGGACAUCAAAUACUUGAAUUAUUUUACUUGUUCAGCCUACAUCUUAUACGUGUUGAUAACUGUCAUGGUGAUUGUGCCUUAGAAUCUGACAUGAAUGAAUAAUUUAAUGGAUGAAUGUACUGAAUGAAUUAUACACUUGGUGCCCUCCAUCUUGAAGCUUGCACAUAUGCACAACAUUUGUGUUGUGUGGGUUUAUGUUAUGUGUAUGUGUGUUUAAGGAGUGAAACUAAAUCACUAUUAUAUACACAGCCACUGUCUGAUGCUAUCAGUUUGUACAAGUGUUAUCUCACUGCAAAUUAUUUUUAUGUAAAUUAAUUAA